AUGAGAUUGAUCGCAGGCGCAUUCAAAAACUCGAGACUUACAUCUUCACCGUCUCGCCUCAUCGGCCGCAAUCGAGCGAUAUUUUCGCUGUUUUCAUUCUUCCUGCACACAAUGUCGACCACGGUCAAGUCUCAUAAUAUCCCGCUCACUUUGCCUGAGGGGCUUUCGCAGGAGCAGCUCAAUUCAUUCAGGCCUUUCAACAACUGGAUUGAUACCUUGACAAACUCACUGCGUCUCCAAUCCGACGCAUCCCAUCCCUUCCACAAAGACCCCUAUGCCCUCCGUUCCAUCACCAUCCAAUCCUACGACCUCUUCGGCCCAAGGGUAGGCUUCAUCAAGCUCACAGCUACAGUCUCCAACGGCGCCGGCGAGACAUUACCGGCCGCCGCGCUGCUUCGCGGUCCUAGCGUCGCUAUGCUCUUCAUGCUCGUCCCAGAUGAUGUACCGCCAGAGUCGGAUGAGCGGUAUGUCGUUCUUACGGUUCAGCCUCGUGUUCCGGCUGGGAGUCUCGGGUUUGUAGAGUUGCCCGCGGGAAUGGUGGAUGAUAUGGGGAGUUUCAAGGGUGCUGCUGCGCAGGAGAUACAAGAAGAGCUCGGCGUAACCAUUCACGAGGAUGAACUAACCUCCCUAAGCGACUUGGCAAUUCCCAACAGCGACAACACCGAAGGCCUCGCGAAUGCCAUGUUUCCCAGCGCAGGAGGUUGCGAUGAGCACAUCACCAUUUUCAGCCACGAGCGCAGGAUUCCUCGUGAGCAGCUGAAGGAAUGGAGUGGACGCCUUACAGGGUUGAGGUCUCACGGUGAAAAGAUCACGCUCAAGGUCGUGCCUAUGAGGGAUGCUUGGAGGGAGGGUGCUCGUGAUGCAAAGUGUCUAGCGGCGCUUGCUCUCUGGCAGGGACUUCGCCAGGAGAAGAAGGUGUAA